GGGACAGGCUGCUUCUCUGAAAUCCUUUUCCUCACACCUGUUCCUCCCACUAGGUCACAGCAGCAGAACCCGGAGCCACCAUGUGCUUCUCCAAACAUGAGUGUGUGGACGACUUCUGUGAUGACCUCCAAAGUCAACCCCAAGCAGAAACACAGGACCAACUCAGUGAGAACCUGCUUGAAGCUGUGGAUGCCGAAGUUCACAACAAUGUACCGGUGAGUAUGAACCACUGUCACAGCCCCUUGCUUCCCCUCCACCUUACUCUCUCUCGCCGUUGGCACUGCCAUGAGUUCACCCCUGUGCUUGGUGAAGUGCAGCAGGAAUUCCGUUGUAGAAUCCGGAGGCCCUCUGGCUCUGACAAUUCAGGGGACCAGAAGCCGGGAAAGAGCUUUCCGGACAGAGCGCUGAGGCAGUUCUGAGAAUGGCUGCAGAAGCUGAAGCGGAAGUUUUUUGUUGCGCUUGCCUGCCUGCGGCAGAAGGGGGCUGCCGGCCUACAGGCCUUGCGCAGUGCGGUUGAGGCAAUCUGGGGAGAGUUGAAGCGUUUCUUCUCCUCUGUGGGGCAGGUCUUCAAGAGCCUCAUCUAGGUCUAGGGAGCCCCACAGGGUCCGGGAGGAGAUUGGCCUCAUGUAGAAGCCAAUUUGAUUUUCCCCUUCUCAGUAAGAAUCUUCUGAAGCGACCUUUGCCCUCCUGCUCACCCUUGACCCAUCCUUGCAACCUCCCUCACCUCCUGUCCUUCAGGGAGGACACCACCAUCAAGCUCUCCCCACCUGGGUUUCUUUCUCCAGGUCUGACCUGCCUGUCGCUGUAGUGCUGAAAUCCUAAUAAAAGUUGA